UGCUAAACCAGCAUAUGUGUCUCGCAUAACCACACACAAACAUUCACCAUCGCCCUUCAGCCAUUUGAAACCCAUUGCGAGCCGGACCUACGAUCUCUGGUGUACGGACGACGACCUCGGCGAUUGAGUUACCAGUGCAAUUGAACGCCUGGCACAAGACGGAGAGACGUGCACGACAUACUACGCUUAACGCACGCAAUCAACACCAGUCAGCACAGCUUACGAUGCUCGUCUCUCUGACCGUCGGCAAGGUCGACGCCGGCGUCACGGUCCUCCUGACGCCGGACAAACGGCUAAUUGAAUUCCCCUCCAUCCUCCUUCCUCCCAAUAUCUCGUCCGGUAGCAUCGUUGACAUCACCGUCGCCCGCAACCUGGGUUCAGAGGCCAAGACCGAACAUGCCUUCCGCGAACUCCAGGACCGUAUCUACUCCUCCUUCGGCGCCAGCGCGCCGACGACGCCCAUUCUCCGCUGCCGCAACGCGACGCAGACCUCGGUAGUUCUCGAAUGGGACCCCAUUGAGCUCGCGACCGCCGACCUCAUCUCCCUCUCCCUAUACCGCAACGGCCAAAAGGCCGGCAACAUCCCCCGCCCGCUGCAGAUGCACAGCACUAAGAUCAGCGGCCUCGCCGUCGACACGGACUACACUUUCCAUCUCGUCUUGCGCACCACGGCCGGCACCUUCAGCUCCGACAAGGUCGUCGUGCGCACGCACAAGAUGACGGACCUCAGCGGCAUCACCAUCACCACGGGUAUCAUGCCCGCUUCCACGAGGGAGGCUCUGACCGCCGCCGUUGAACGCAUCGGCGCCAAGAUCGUUGACAGCGUCCGUAUCGACACGACGCACUUUGUUACCACCGAGGGUCGCGGCCUGGCGUGGGAGAAGGCCGUCGAGACGAAUAUACCUGUCGUCCGGCCCGAGUGGGUCGAGGCGUGUGAGAAGAAUGGCCGCAUCCUCGGCGUGACCAAGUUUUACCUCGACGCCCUCAGGCCGGGCCCCUCGAGCGACGAGCUGCAGCAGGCGCCGACUCCACCCCAGCCGCAACAGACGCCGCAGACGCACAAGGAGCUGCCGACGCCCCCGGCCACCAACACGCCGGAGAACAACUACGAAGCGGCCGCCACGUCCGCCGCGUCAGCCAAAUCGUCCGACGAUGAAAAGCCCCCGUCCAAGGCGGAGGACGACGAAUCUUCCGGCGACGAGGAAAAGGAGGCGGAGCAGAAGAGGGUUGCGGACCAGGAGGAGCAGAAGGUGAGGCUGGAGGACAAGGACGAGCAGAACCUCGCCCACCGGCCAAAGGAGGGCUCAGAUUCGGGCAGCGAGGACGGCAGAGGAGAAGAGGACAACCCGAGCAAGGAGGAGAAGCCGGGUACAUCCCCCGACGGAGCGUCCUUUCAGGAUGUAGCCUUGUAAAGGCGGGGCAAAACACGGGAGUGGAAUGUGUUUGCGGUUCUUUUCACAGCACGGGGUUGCGUAGAUGUCUCGUGUGUCUCGUGUACGAUUACCCAUUUCUUCACGACACCUGUAGAGCCAGCUAUCAUGGAAAUAUGAUGCUGGGACCUUUAUUUACUUUUACGACUGCUCGCCCUAGGAAAGCUCGCGUCGGUCCGGUUUACGGGGUAUCCAUCUUGGUCCUUCUCCGCCUGGCCUCUUUCUUCCAUCAGUCCCCUUCCGUUCGC